CGUUAGUUUUUUGAGCUUCUGAGUAAAACCCUUUGCUAUAUCAUAUCUCAACGUUCUUUUUCAAUGGUUUUUUUUUUUUUUGUGCUUGAAAACUAUUGUUUUUAUUCUCUGCAGGUUUCGCGUUGAAAGAGGUUAAUGGAGGAGAAACGAGCGACACUAUCUCAUGACUAUGCUGUUACUAACGGGAAAGAGUCUCUGGAUAACACCGAAAACAAGUCCCUCGAGAGCCAAGAUGUUCAAGCUGCUGAUGAUGAAGGCGCUUUAGGGUCUGGAGAAGGGUCAGGUUCGGGUGCAACAAGUAAAGAAAACGUUAUCGAAAAGAAGAGAGGGAGGGGGAGGCCUAGGAAGUAUGAGAACGGUGUUCCAAUCAUUAAUGGAUCCAUGGAAGCUUUCCCAAUACCAGCGGCUUCUUCUUCAAAGAAACGGGCUCGGGGACGGCCUAAGGGUACCGGCAAGUUUCAGGCUUUGGCUUCUGUUGGUGGAUAUAUGGACACAGCUGGAGGAAGCUUUAACCCUCAUGUACUGUUGGUGUACGCAGGAGAGGAUCUUGUUAAUAAGAUAGCAUCAUUUUGUGCAAGGGCUUCUCGUUCAGUUUGUAUUCUUACUGCUAGUGGUGCAGUCUCCAGUGUUACCCUAUGCAAGCCUGGUACUUCUACCGGCACUUUGACAUAUGAGGGACGGUUUGAAAUUCUUUCUCUCACUGGUUCUUCUGUUGUGUCUGGUGAAGUGGGGAGUCGUCGCAAAACUGGUCUGUUGAGUGUUUCAUUAGCUAAUUCUCAUGGACAAGUUUUUGGUGGAAGUAUUGCAGGUCCACUAAUAGCAGCUGGCCCUGGGCCUAUCCAACUUAUUGUUGCCAGUUUCAAGCAAAAUAUUGGUCGCCAAAUCAGGAGGAAGUAUUCUGCAGCAACUUCCACAUCAGCUAACAUUUUUGCCAGUUCCGAAGAGGUGAAUGUUCCCAGUCAAGUUACUGGAAUGGCAGAUGAUGGCGAGAACUGUGCUCCACCCCCUGUACCAAUUACCGUGUCUGUGACAGCAUUUCCUGCGAAAGCAGAUAGCAUGAAAUCGGAUAAUGUCGUUGCUGAAAACCAUAACUUCAACUCUACUUGUCUACAAACUGUUAGUCCAAACAACUUGCAGAAAGCAGAUCCCCUGAGAGAAGAAAAUGUGAUUGCUGAAAACCAUGGCUUGAAGUCUACCUCUCCACAAACUUUUGGUCCUGACAACUUGCAGACAUUGCCAGUCUCACAGCCCAUAUCUGAUGAGAUGAUAACUCUAAACAAUAAUGCCAGUGUCCCUGAGAUGCAUGUAAAGGACUAAAGGUACAUCAUCUCUGUAUCCCUCAAUCUCUCUUCCCCUCUCUCUCUUGCUCUUUGUGAGAUAAAGUAACAUUCUGUUUUAUUCAUUCCUUACGUGUUGCUUUAGUGACAUACACAGGCUUAUUCUGGAAGUAAUGAGCACAGCUUGUUGGAGUUUUACAGCAACAAUGCAAGACUUUUGCCAUUGAAUAUGGUUCUUAAUAAAUUAAAUUUGGGAUUUAUUGUUGUUGUUUCUAUAAAAAUUUAGUUUUAUUUAGAUUCAUCCAAGGGCUAAGGCUUAUUUCAUAAGACCCUUUUGUUUUGGAAAUUGAUAUAAAGAGAUACAUGGAUUUUAUUAGAAUUAUGUUGUAUGAAAUUUAGAUUAACUAGUUUGUAUAUAGAUGAAUAAGGAGCUGUCGACGCAAUGGUAAUCUUCUGCUCUGAA